AUCUGAGAGAGCAGAGCUCCCGCAUAAAUUGACCCCUGCCAUCCAAAUUUCUCACGGGCGCCAAACAAGCAUAUCUGAAGCUGUCGGCAUCGGCAAAAAUGCGCACGCAUGCGUUGACGCUGUCUACAGCCCUCUGCUCUCUCUGCAGCACUGCUGCCGUGCGCACGUCUCACGCGCCGACGGCAUGUGGCGAGCGCCAGGCGAGCCGCCGGCACUGGCUGCACACAGCCGCGUUCGGCGCAGGACUCGGCACCGCGGUGCCCGCUCGCGCACUGGACGCGCUCCCCGCGACCGUGCGGAAAUACACCGCCUUGGCGCCGCUCGGCUCCGCAACUGCAACUCUGGGUGGCGCGAAACGCAUCUGUCUGAGCGAGGUGCUGCCCGAGUGCCUGCCGCUGCUCGCCAAGACGUUGGCGAGGGAUAUCGAAAAGGGUGCUACGGGCAAAGGAGGCUAUCCCAUCAGCGGCGACCUGACCCCGGAAAUAUUCAGGGACGAUUGUCGGUUCGUGGACCCGACGAACGACGUCACGUCCCUAGCAAAGUACCGCAAAGCGCUCACGAUCCUCUUCGAUCCAAAUGAGUCCAGUGUCACCCUGGUGAAGGGUCCUAUCAUCGACGAAGCCAAGCGCACGAUCUCGGCGACGGUCCGAAGCGUCGGCACGCUGCAGCUGCCCUGGCGGCCGAAGAUCGAGCCCUGGGAGUCGUACUUGGUCUGGAAGAUUGAUGGAGAUGGAUUAAUAGAACAGCAGUCCCAGACGUGGAACGUCACCGCCACAUCCGCUCUCAAACAAACUUUUAGUAUAAGAUAACCU